GAGGCCUAGAGAAGUGAAGUAACAGACAGCGGUGAAGCCAAGAGUAGAACUCACAUCCUUCUGACUCCCAGGCAGGCAAGGCCCUGGCCACCGUGGGCAAGAUGGAGCCGGGCCCGUUCACCCGCCGACAGUGGGCUUCGCAGUCGCUGAGGAUCACCGCCAAAGAGCUCUCCCUGGCCAACCGGGGCCGCUCUUCGGGCAUCGCCCACAUAUUCUCCAAGUACCAGAGAGCCGCGGAAGAAGCCAGCGCGGACAAGAAGAGAAUUAGUCCAGAGAGCCGCCCGUUCUGCAGGAAGGGGACGCUGAGUGCGCUGAAGCAGAGGUGGGAGAAGCCGGAGCGGAGCCCCCCGGCCGCCCCCGGGACGGAGCCCGAGCCGCCCAAAGCCGCCCCCGCCGUCCAGCCCCCCGGGCCCGAGGAGGCCGAGCACCGCCCCCCAGGAAGGGCCGACAUGGAAAUAAGCUGCCUGAGGGAACCCAGGCCGGAGGGCACCAGGGUCGACGCCAGCGAGGGCCCCGAUGCCGCGGGCAAGAUAGAGAAGUACAGCGUCCCCCUGAACCGCCUCAAGAUGAUGUUUGAGAUGGGAGAAGUGGCAGUACAGCCCAAGAUGCUCCGGGACCCCGGCGCAGGUGAGAGGAGGGUCUCCGAGAACAGCCUCACCCCGGAGGGCUCCGAAGGCGACCCAGACCUGCUGGCACCUGCCGCCUUCAGCGUGGAGAAGCCCGAAGGCAGGAGGAGCCUGGAGCUCCCGCGAGGGUCCGACACGUCCAUAAAGGACCGGAUGGCUCGAUACCAGGCAGCCGUAUCCAAGCAGGGCCACGCCGCUCACUCCGGGAAUGAGCUGCUAAGAGGCCCCAGCCAGGAAGCCCAGAGCUACAAGUCCGAACACAAGGAGAACCUGCCCCCGACCCCCAUGGGCGGCAGCUCCCGUCGGGAAGGGGAUGAGGUUUCCGGGAGCGACAAGGGUCCGGCUCUCCCGGGCAGGCUCGGUGAAGGAGACCCCGAUGGCAUAAGGCGUGAGAGCGACGCUCCAGGGCCCGUCCGGCCCCGGCAUCCGAGCCCGGACGUCCUACCAGUGAACCCAGAGGACGCCUCUCCACCAAAAACCACCAAGAAGUUCCAGCGGCCCGUCCACGAGGCCUGCGUGGAGUGUCAGAAGACGGUCUACCCCAUGGAGCGUCUCCUUGCCAACGAACAGGUGUUCCACGUCAGCUGCUUCCGCUGCUCCUAUUGCAACAGCAAGCUCAGCCUGGGGACCUACGCGUCUCUCCACGGGCGGAUCUACUGCAAGCCCCACUUCAACCAGCUGUUCAAGGCCAAAGGCAACUACGACGAGGGCUUCGGGUACAAGCCACACCGAGAGCUGUGGGCCGGCAAGGCGGAGGGCGAGGAGUCGCCGGACAAGCCCUGCCCCGCCGAGCCCCCCCAGAACCCCGGCGUGGAAGCGACGCCCAUCGCCAAGGUGGGCGUUCUGGCCGCCAGCAUGGAGGCCAAGGCCGCGCCCGCGCCCGGCCGAGAGGACCGGCGGGCGGAGACCAAGAAGCUGAGGAUCGCCUGGCCCCCGCCGGCCGAGCCCGGCGGUCCCGGCGGGGCCCCGGACGAGGGGCUGAGGGUGUCCAAGCCCAAGUGGCCGCCGGAGGACGAGCCCGGCAGGCCGGACGCCGCCGAGGACGCGGACCUGGACCUGAAGAAGCUGCGCCGGUCCUCGUCGCUCAAGGAGAGGAGCCGCCCGUUCACGGUGGCCGCGGCCUUCCGGACCGCGUCCGUCCGGAGCGCGAGGGCGCCGUCCCUGCCCAUCCGCAGGAGCCUCGGCGGAGCCGCGGAUGGCCAGGGUCCGGUCGCCGGCGGCGCCGAGGGGGAGGCCCGGAGAGGGGAGCCGGCGGCCCGGAGCCGCCCGCGUUCCCGGGGGGAGGACCCCGGAGAGGCGGCGGGAGGCAAGAGCCCCGGGGACGGGGGCGGCCGCAGAGGCCCGCGCGUCCCAACCAAGGAGCCCCCCUCUUCUCCCGGUCAGAGGUCCCAAGACGUGGGCCUCUGGGACGGAGACGAGGCGGAAGAGCUGUCUGUGGAAGACCUGAUCAAGCGAAACCGCUCCUAUGACGACGAGGACGAGGACUAGCCUUUUUGGCCCUCUUUUUUUUUAAUCGUUUUUUAUUUUUUAAUCCUUCAAUCUUUUAGACAAUCCGCCGCAACCGAGGUGCUGGGUCUCAGGUGGGUGUUAGCGAUAGCGGGCGGUCUCCCCCGCCCGCGGGGCAGCGUUCGGCUGGGCGUCUGAGGGGA